AUGAGCCAUGAGCCCACCAACGCGUCGCCGCACCACGCGACGCCCAGCGGCCCCCCGCCCCCGGCACCCACCACCGCCGCCGACGCCCGCGGCGCGGACGGCUCGCUGAAGUACCACCUGCUCGGCCCGUCGCUGCAGAAGAGCGGUCAGGAUGGCGUCGCGGACAUCAUCUACAACGCCUCCAAGGGCUCCAAGUUCUUCAACAACGAGUCUGUAAAGGACCGAGUCCUAACCGAGAAGAUCGACCGCAUCCUCGCCCGCAAGCGGCAGCUCCAACGGACAGACCUCUCGCAUGAUCUCCGUCGUGCCGACUCCUUCGCUGCCGAGCUCGAGCUAGGCCGUGAUCUUUCCCAGGCCAUAGUGCAUCUGGACUGCGACGCCUUCUACGCCGCCGUCGAAGAGCUGGAUCGCCCGGAGCUCAAGCAUGUUCCGUUUGCUGUGGGGAAGGGGGUGUUGACGACAUGCAACUACCACGCCCGCAAGUUUGGCUGCCGGAGCGGCAUGGCCGGCUUCGUCGCCAUGAAGCUGUGCCCGCAGCUGAUCUGCCUGCCGCUAAACUUCGACAAGUAUACGGCAAAGGCGCGCGAGGUUCGUGCGGUUCUAGAGCAGUACGAUCCGUGCUUCGAAAGCGCUAGCAUCGACGAAGCCUACUUAAAUAUCACCGCAUACUGUGAACAGCACGACAUGGAUCCCGAGGACGCUGUGCAACAACUCCGCGCCGAGGUGCAUGAGAAGACCAAAAUCACCGUGAGCGCCGGCAUCGCUGCAAAUGCCAAGCUGGCCAAAAUCUGCUCCAACAAGAACAAGCCCAACGGUCAGUUCCGUCUUGCCAAUGACCGAGCUACCAUCAUGGCCUUCAUGAGAGACCUGGCCACCAGAAAAGUCAACGGCAUCGGGCGCGUCUUUGAGCGAGAGCUGGACGCAAUCGGCGUCAAGACGUGCGGUGACAUAUACGAGCACCGUGCGUACUUGCCCAAGCUGUUUGGUGAGAAAGCCUUCCAAUUCCUGAUGCAAUGCUACCUGGGUCUGGGGCGCACCAAGAUCCAACCCGCCGAGAGCUACGAGCGCAAGAGUGUAGGCACCGAGAGCACAUUUCGCGACAUGUCAGACAAGGACGAACUGCGUGCUAAGCUUUGGCACACGGCCGAGGAGCUUGAAAAGGACCUCGAGCGAACACAGUUCAAGGGUAGAACGCUUGUGUUGAAGGUGAAGCUGCACACGUAUGAAGUCUUAUCACGGCAGACUUCGCCGCCUUUCGCGGUAUAUCGUAAGGACGACCUGUACAAGUACGCAUUGCCAAUGUUGGCGAAGCUUGAAAAAGAGAUACCAGGCAUGAAGCUACGGCUGAUGGGGUUGAGAGCUACGCACAUUGUCAGCAUGAAGAAAGGAUCAGUUGACUUCUUCGGUCUGAACAAACGCAUAACGUCAGCAGACUCCAGUACGAGCGAGCAGCAGUCGGCUCAGUCGGCGAAGGCCAAAACGGGAAGUGAAGAUGAGUGGGAAGUGUGGCCUGAGGAAGAAUUCGAAGAGGCAGCACGACAGGAGCGCGAAGCAGAUUUCGUGGAGACGCUGCGGCUCAGCCAGCAAGAAGACCGGGGCGUUCAAGAAGGCACCGAGGGAGACACACAGCCUCAGGCUGCGGAAAUCCACUGGGACUGUCCAAUCUGCCUCCGGCCACAACCAGCAAACGAUCGCGCCUUCAACGAUCACGUCGACUUCUGCCUGUCUCGAGACGCCAUCAAGGAGACAGUCAAGGAAGCCAAUGAGUCUGGCACGCCCCCACCACAGGCACAAUCGGACACAGAGUCAGCCAAGCCCAAAGAUGCGUUCGGGUUGAUGGGGAUGAAGGCCGGAUCGGCUACCAAUGGUGGACAGAAGAAAAGAGGAAGACCUCGAAGCGAUGGCCUUGGCUCCGGGCAUGGGCAGAAAGAUUCAAGGAAGCGACCCUUCUUUGGGUGA